CUGAAGAGAGAAAAAGGAGGUGCAAACACUGUGUAAUAAGUAUCUGAUAAGGCCUUCAGGAAACUUCUGAGAUUAGGAAAGGCUCCAUGCAGGACGUGAACCGGCCGGUCCAAGCUCAAGAGACAGACAGUUUGCCACCGAGGAGCAACCCAGAGCAAUGUCCCUGGCUGGGGUAAGCUGUCUGGUGACAGGAGCAGGAGGAUUUCUUGGCCAGAGGAUUGUCCGCUUGCUGUUGGAAGAAGAGGAGGCGCUGGCUGAGAUCCGGCUGCUGGACAAAGCCUUUAGCAGUGAAGCCCUUAGGAGAUUUGGAAAGGUCCAGGGUAAGACUGAGGUGAAAAUCCUGGAAGGGGACAUCCGUGAUGUGUCGCUCCUGCACCGUGCCUGUCAGGGUGUCUCCCUCGUCAUCCACACAGCUUCCAUCAUUGACACCUUGGGCCUUGUAGAGAAGCAGCUGCUCUGGGAAGUCAAUGUAACAGGUACUCAGCUACUGCUGGAUGUAUGUGUCCGUUGUAAUGUCCAGCACUUCAUAUAUACCAGUACCAUAGAAGUGACAGGCCCAAACUGCAGAGGUGACCCAAUAUUCAGUGGUGAUGAAGAUACAGCUUAUGAGAGUAUAUCUAAAUCUCCUUAUGCCCAGACUAAAAGACUGGCAGAAGAUUCUGUUCUGAAGGCAGAUGGCCAGAUGCUAAAGGAUGGUGGCAUGCUGAUGACUUGUGCCCUGAGAUCCAUGUACAUUUUUGGAGAAGGAUGUCCAUUUCUUCAAGGUCAUCUGGAUAAGUGUCUGUUGAACAAAAAUGUCUACCUGCGCUUCUCCAGGAAGGAGGCUUUGGUGAACCCUGUGUAUGUGGGAAACAUUGCCUGGGCACAUGUGCAGGCAGCCAAAGCCCUGCAAGUCCCCCAGAAAGCCAAGCACAUCAGGGGGCAGUUCUACUACAUCUCAGAUGACACUCCUCAUAUGAGCUAUGCAGAUCUAAAUUACGAGCUGACCAGGGAGCUGGGGUUUGGAAUUGAGCCCCGGCUCCCAAUGCCUCUGACAAUGUUAUAUUACUUCUCGCUGCUGCUGGAGAUUAUGAGCUUCUUGCUCCGGCCCUUUGUAAGAUACAUCCCUUCCACCAAUCGCCAGCUGGUCACUCUACUGAACACUCCAUUCACCUUCUCUUAUAGAAAAGCACAGAAGGAUUUUGGCUAUGUACCCCGCUACACGUGGGAAGAGGCCAAGCAGUGCACAGGUCAGUGGAUGGCCUCCAUGGUCCCACAGAGAAGGGAGUACUUGAAAAGCAAGGCUGCCUAAGUCUUAAGAGAAGUUGAGACCUGGCUAAACAAGCAGGGCCUCGAGCAGCAGCAGCUAAUUACAAAGCAUUUAAAUGGAGACUUUAUCUAACAGCCCCCUCAUCAUUGCCACACCCCCUCCCCUCCAAUAAAUAUAAGUGAAAUGCUCAUUUCUUUGUUGAGUAGAGGCCAGUCAAGGUAAAUUUACUGUAUAGUCCAUAUCUACUUCUACAUCUUGUAUGUGCACACAAAGACAUUAUUUUAGUAAGACUCUACACAGUCUAUGGUGUGAACACAUCAGCCCUUCUAUUCACUACACACCACCUUUAAGGCUUUUGUAAAGUACAAUUUGUCCUAGAGCUACGAUUACACUUUUCAAACAGCGACACCCUACUCACUCAUCUCUUGCCAGCCUUACCAAACAUGCAGAGGUUAGAAGCCACCUGAUUGUAAAAGCUGUUACAAAACUGGGUCACUUUUCCAAGAGCAGUGUCCAGUUUCAUGUGCUAUUCACCUGACAAAGUUGAGAGCAAAUUUGGGCACUGUGAGCACUGUGAGGCUAAAAGUACAGUUUAAUGGCGACAUAGUUUUAGUUAGGACAGUGUGUGGGAGAGAAGGGUGAGAUUUAGUCAGGUGAAGGCUUUCUCAUCCAUUCUCACUUUCCUGGUUGCCAAUUUUACAAUAAAUCUGAUGGCUGCCCAGCAGAACAACAGCUUCAACAAGAUGAAAAGAAGAAAGAUAUUACAGGACAGCCUUGGUCAAUAAAGGAUUUCCACUGCAGAGCCAAGACAUUUGUGAACACUGAGGAAAAAUAAACAGUGCUAAAAAAAAAAUCAUACUGUUUCCAAGUUUCAAUUGGCAGCAAAGGCCAAUUUUAUCUGAUAGAUGUAUAUAUGCUGUCUCUAUGCUUUUCUGAUGGCCAUAUGAGUUUCUGCAGAAUACAUAACUUUCAGGCUAAAAAAUGUAGAACUUGCUUGAACAAAUGAUGUGAUCCAGUGUUUGCUUCUUAAACAUACAGCUCACUUGCUGAAAACAGGUCUAAAAGAUGGGAUUUUUCUCUGUUCUGUUCAGGAUGGUAUGAACAGAAAUAUUUUACCUGACUCAGCACUAAUGUAAAUAGAUCACAUUUCCAGAGAUACUGGCAGCUUAAAAGUCUGUGUUGACUUAGAUAGCCUUAGUGCAAAUAUUACCAUUUUCUUUAGUAACAUCUUAGGUUAAGUAUGUCAGAUCUGAAGCAGUGGAAUACCAGCCAUCAGAACUUUGUCAUAUUCUGGGGACAUAGAAAUCAGCGAAGGCUUUGCUGAAACAUUCAGCAAACUAGUACUGUGAAUGUUAUUUGAAUGACAUCUCUUCACAGAUAACCAUGUCAACAUCUCCACCCUUCUCCACUGAGGAAGUGGUACUCAACACCUCCAUCAGUGUUCCUCUUUUAGUGAGCACACAGAUCUAUCCCAUGCUGAAGGAGACCCAUCUUAGGCUACUCUGUAUGCUGACAACACCUCUAGAGACUGAUGGAGAGUGAGGAGGUUUGCAGAACGUUAGAGAAUGAGGGACUUGAAAACAAAACUUGGAAUUGCAGCCUCCUGGAUAGAAUCUGUACGAAGCAAACCGAUGUGCACACUGAAGUUUAAAAACAUAUAAAAGGCAUUAUUUAACCCAUUCGAGUUUGCUCAUGGCAGACAAGCAGCACAUCAGAGUGAAGACUGCUAACUAGCUGCAUCACCACUACUAGGAGACUCUCAUGCCUCAACAUCAUGUUAAAAAAAUAAGAUGGUUUUAAUAAAUAAAUUAAUUCCCCAGAGAGGCCAUGAUUUGGUCCAAUUGAUCUUAUGGCAGCCAUUUAGAAAGGUCAUGUCCCAUCCCUUUGCCUGGGAGCAAAGUCAACAGAAUAGCCCCGUGUGUUUAUGGCUCAGCUGCUCCAGUGUUUCAGCAGAAGCUGCAGAACCACACACAAGCACAGGCACAGCAGCACAGGCACACACUCCGUUCUCCUGUCUUUGCUCCACCACUGGGGUGAGAAACCUGUGACUGAAGCACCUUUCAUUGUCACAGCUGCCCACUCAAGUGAACUUAGGUACGAGCCAGAUUCUUGCGUUUUCCUGUGAAUUGUACAGCAUGUUGAAUGAAGCAAGCUGCUAACAGCAAGCAAAGGACCAGCAUGGAACUACCUGAGGCACGGAAUCUUGUGUGCAUCACAGACAUAUGGAGAGUAAUUUGGGGAGCUCUCUCUACAUGCUUUUAGUAGUUGCUGAGGUCUGGACAUAAUUUGACCAACCUUGCUUUUCAACAAUAUUUUAUAAUCUGGGUGAUUGCUCUGUCCAGAAAGGGAGCCAAUAAAAUAUGGUUUAAGACGGUCUCCUGUUCACAGGCAGUUUCUGCAAGGAUCAGCCCCUGCUGCUUAGCUUUGUGAUUAGCCCAAUUGUAUGUUUGAUCUUCCAGCUUUGCUUAAACGCAGGACUCAAAACUGACCAAAAUGAAGUCAAAUCAAUCCCACAUUAGUCGUCCACUCAUUACCAAUGGCAGCAGUUAGGCACCCCUCAUCCAGCUGCUGCCAGCUGCAGUGGGCACACAGGUGUGAGAAAGAGUGUGCUUCUGCCUUGUUGGUGUGCCAGCUUCAGACAUGUAAACCUCAGUGUCUAAAUACAGACCAGUUU